AUGGAUGAAGUGCCUCAUAACUUUUCUGAGUUAGCUGCAUUUUGUGUCCCGAUGAACUUAUAUUUGAAGCCUUAUGCUAGAAUAAAUAUCACGGUACGUUUGCCUCAGCUCAGGCAGCCAGGCCAGUCGAUAUCUAAUUGGGAUCUAAUGGAGAAAAUAAAGAAGGCUUUAAGUCCUGUGCAGCUCUCUUCAAUUAAAGUUACCAAUAGUACGGUUGAAAUCGUUCGCUUCGAAGCAGAGCUCGCUAGUCGUAAAAUUAUGUCCAAGGUUGUGAAAGCUCUGGAUGAUUGUUCCCUGAAAGUUGUAGGUUUUUUUGAACCUCUUAAAGUUCGUGCUGCAGAAGCAAAGUCUGAUUUUCCUACUAGACAUGAUUGGGAUGAGUUUUUUCGUAGUGCUGAGGACAUGAAUGAACUGAAAGCUGGUGAGCGUCCAGACACUAUUUAUUUGGCCAAAGUUCCAACGAAUUGGUUCAAGGACAAAGACGGCAGUUCUGAUUUACCAAGUACGGAAGUAGUGAAAAAAGUCUUUGAACAGUUUGGAAAGAUCAGAUGCAUUGAUAUACCUUCAUUGGAUAGUUAUCGAAAACAGAUGCCCAGCGAUAUUUCCGGGAUACAUACCACAGGAUUUUCUUUUGGACAGGAAAUCCUUUUUGAAGCAUAUGUGCAGUUUUAUGAAUAUAUUUCGUUUGUUCGCGCAAUGGAUACCUUAAGAAAUAUGAAACUGGUGAGGAUAACGGACGAUAAUAAAAUGUUUGAAGCAGCAAUAAAGGUGGGUAAGUAA